AAUAUAAAACCUUACGUUUGUCUUUCUCAAAACUCUGCAGUCGCAAAACCCUAAACCCUGCCUUUCCCUUCCUCAAUCAUCCAAUGACGGAGCUGAAACUCUCCGAGAGCCGAGACCUGACCCGAAUCGAACGCAUUGGGGCUCAUUCCCACAUACGGGGCCUAGGCCUCGACUCCUCUCUGGAGCCCCGUGACGUCUCGGAAGGAAUGGUGGGCCAAGCACAAGCUCGUAAAGCCGCCGGUGUCAUCCUCCAAAUGAUCAAAGACGGUAAAAUUGCUGGCCGUGCUAUCUUAUUAGCGGGACAACCUGGAACUGGAAAAACUGCCAUUGCCAUGGGCAUGGCCAAAUCUCUUGGCCUUGAAACCCCUUUCUCUAUGCUCUCUGGCAGCGAAAUCUUCUCCCUUGAGAUGUCGAAAACCGAAGCUUUAAUGCAAGCGUUUCGAAAGUCCAUCGGAGUAAGAAUCAAGGAAGAAACUGAAAUAAUCGAAGGCGAAGUCGUUGAAAUCCAGAUUGAUCGGCCGGCAGUUUCAGGGGCGGCUUCAAAAACUGGGAAAUUAACGCUUAAAACGACGGAUAUGGAGACCGUUUACGAUUUGGGGGCGAAGAUGAUCGAGGCAUUAGCGAAAGAGAAAGUGCAGAGUGGAGAUGUGAUAGCUAUUGAUAAAGCUUCAGGAAAAAUAACGAAGCUUGGAAGGUCAUUUUCAAGGUCGAGGGAUUACGAUGCUAUGGGUCCGCAAACAAAGUUCGUGCAAUGUCCAGACGGAGAGUUGCAGAAAAGAAAAGAAGUUGUCCAUUCUGUUACGCUUCAUGAGAUCGAUGUUAUUAACAGCAGAACACAGGGAUUUCUAGCUCUUUUCACUGGGGAUACUGGUGAAAUCCGUGCUGAGGUGAGAGAACAAAUUGACACGAAGGUGGCAGAGUGGAGGGAGGAAGGGAAGGCUGAAAUCGUGCCUGGUGUUCUCUUUAUCGAUGAGGUGCACAUGCUUGAUAUCGAGUGCUUUUCUUUCCUGAACCGUGCUCUUGAGAAUGAGAUGGCCCCGAUAUUAGUCGUUGCUACAAAUAGAGGAAUAACUUCAAUCCGUGGCACAAAUUACAAAUCCCCUCAUGGAAUUCCAAUUGAUCUUCUUGAUAGACUACUAAUCAUCACUACUCAGCCUUAUUCUGAGGAUGAAAUUCGUAAGAUUCUAGACAUCAGGUGCCAAGAGGAAGAUGUAGAGAUGUCUGAAGAUGCAAAACAACUGUUGACCAAAAUUGGGCACGAGACCUCCUUGAGAUAUGCUAUCCAUCUGAUCACAGCUUCUGCAUUGAAUUGCCAGAAGCGAAAGGGGAUGGUUGUGGAAGUGCAGGACAUCACUCGUGUUUACAGUCUAUUUCUAGAUGUAAGGAGAUCAACGCAGUACUUGAUGGAGUACCAAAAAGAAUACAUGUUCAAUGAAGCAUCAAUUGUUGAUGGUGGGGAUGGCGAUGCCAUGCAUGAUUGAUAGUUCCUAGACUUUUGGUUAUCCCAUGGCGCUGCUGCAACUAUUAUUUGGUAGUUUCACAGUGAAUUUGUAUGCUAUACCGAGUCUUAAUCCCGUGGUAGUUUCUGUAAAUGAAAUUGUAGGAUUUAUGUCCGGAUGAAUUUUUUAAUUAUAACAAAAAUGAACUUCCGUUUUCAA